AUGCUGCCCAUGCCUGUGGAGCAGCUGGUGCUCAAAGCCGCCGGGGAGCGGGGAACUGGCGCUCUGCACCUUGGGGACAGGCUCAGGAGAGCCAGGCGGUGCGGGAGCCCGCUGCCUCCGCUCAUAAGCAACGUCGUGUUUUUCAUUUUACCACCCAUAUGUACGUGCUUGUUCCAUCAAUAGGCAAUCUGCUUCACCAGUGGAAUAUAUUUAAUAUGGAUUCUGUUAAUUGUGGUUGGAAUUGGAUCUGUUUAUUUUCAUGCUACCCUCAGUUUCUUGGGCCAGAUGCUGGAUGAGCUGGCUAUUCUCUGGGUUCUGAUGUGUGCUCUUGCCAUUACAAACCCCACAAUGAGGUUCCCUAGGAGAUACCUGCCUAGAAUUUUUCGAAAUGACAGGAGUUGAUUUAAAGCUGCUGUGGGUGUCUUGUCUGGAGUUACACCUGCCUGGUCUGCCAUUAACAACAUCUCACUAAUGAUGCUGGGAGUUCCCUGCACUGCUUUGCUCAUUGCUGAGUUGAAGAGGUGUGAAAACCUGCGUGUACACAAACUGUGUUUCUUUUCAGGUCUUUGGUGGAUGUUAGCUCUUUUCUGAUGGAUCAGUGACAAAGCUUUUUGUGAGAUCUGGUCCUCAUUCAACUUUCCCUAUUUGCACUGUGUAUGGCACAUUUUGAUUUGCCUUGCGGCAUAUCUAGGAUCUGUCUGCUUUGCUUACUUUGAUGCUACCUCUGAGAUCCCUGAGCAGAGCCCGUUCUGGCCUAGUGAAAGGUGGGCAUUCAUUGGAGUUCCCUAUGUCAUCUCUCUCUGUGCACACAAAAAACAUCUGUAAAGAUUACAUGAACUUGGAAGCCAUGGAAUGGGGAUGGAUUUUCAACUUAUAUUCCAGCACAGACAAUAUUUACAUAAUAUAAAUGACUAGUGCUGUAUUUUCUUUUCUUCCUAAGACAGCCAUCACUUCAAGUGUCACAGAAAGAGGAGGGAAGUGUGUUCAUUCCUCU